CUUCUUCCACACUCUCUGUUUUCCCGUCUGUUCUUUUUUUUUUUUUUUUUUUCAGUUUUAGGGUUCAAAUAUUGUUUGGUGAAAGAUGGGUAAAGAGACUAGUCCAAAGCAGACGAUGGCUUACACUGUUGAACAACUUGUUGCAUUGAAUCCAUACAAUCCAGAUAUUCUUCCCGAUCUUGAAGCUUAUGUUAAUGAACAGGUUUCAUCAGAAUCAUACAGUUUGGAUGCGAAUCUAUGCCUUCUUAGACUCUAUCAGUUUGAACCAGAGCGAAUGAGUACCCAGAUUGUUGCUCGUAUCUUAGUGAAGGCACUUAUGGCAAUGCCAGCUCCAGAUUUUAGCCUUUGUCUCUUCUUGAUUCCAGAAAGAGUGCAAAUGGAUGAGCAGUUCAAGGCUUUGAUCAUGCUUUCUCAUUAUCUGGAGACUGCAAGAUUCCGUCAGUUCUGGGAUGAGGCCGCAAAGAACCGUAGCAUUGUUGAAGUUGUGCCAGGUUUUGAGCAAGCAAUCCAAAAUUAUGCAAUUCAUGCUCUCUCCUUGACGUAUCAAAAGGUUCCAAGGGCUGUACUUGCGGAGGCCAUCAACAUUGAAGGUCCUGCAUUCGACAAGUUCUUAGAGCACCAGGUAGCCAACUACGGUUGGGUUGUUGAGAAGAGCCAAGGCCGGGGUCAGGUCAUUGUCCUCCCUCGCACUGAGUUUAAUCAUCCAGAGCUCAAGAAAAGCUCAUCUGACGGUAUUCCAUUGGAAAACAUUACCAAGAUCUUCCCCAUUCUUGGCUAAUCAACCCAAUUACAAAUAUAAAAGUUUAGCUUGAAAUCAUCUACAUUCUGUGCCAAUGGCAGUAGCAAAUUCUUGGGAUUGUCUGUAGAAUGUCUUCAAUUCGUACUUCAGCAUUACUAGUACCUCUUUUGUUUUCUUCAGUUAAAGCUUAUAUGCAUCAUAGGGAGAGUUGGCAUUGAUAGUACCCCCUAUUUAGGAUUGUAUUUUAACGUCGAUAGUACCCCCUAUCAGAGUAAGAUCAAAAGUAAGAAAUUUUCAGCGUCUACA